UUGAAUCAUCACCAAAAGAAAACACACCAAAGGAAGAACAAAACAAAACACCAAAAGGAAAAUGGCCAAGAAGAUUAUUGCAGUGUUUUUCAUGUGCAUUGUUGUGAUGGCUGCUUUUCAAUUUGCCACUGCCAAUGAAGAGGUGGAAAAAUAUGAGGCCAAAUUUGAGGCCAAAUACAAGUCUUGCUAUGAAACUUGUGAGAAGGAAUGCCUUGAAGGAGGCAAUGGCCAAAGCUUUUGUGAAGUUAAAUGUGAUGAGGAUUGUGAUGAAAAAGAAACCGCUGAUAAGCUACACAUCGAAUUGCAUUGAAUAAUGAUCGAGGAACAAAAGAAAAGAAGAUUGCUUGAGAAGGAUAU